CUUACUAGGUUAGUAACGUGAGGGAACGGACAGCAGAGAAGGCGGUGUUGAUGACGGUAGGAGGAGAUUGUGCGUUGUCGUCGUCUUCCGCGUUUCCCUGGAUUUCAACCACUGUUCUGAUUCCAUCGCGUCCUCUCCUUGCACGUUUUUACGCUCGGUCCACCCUCCCAAUUUACAUCGGAGUCCUGGGCCCCGGCGUACCGGCUCCAGCCAUGUCGGCGAGGAAUACAGCGGCUGGCGGCGGUGACGGAGCGACGGGGGAAAUGCCAGGAGACUCACUAGAGGGAGAACCCCAGGGCCUCUCUGUCUCUCUGUCUGGUUUGAUGACCCCCGCCUCAGCCACCGGCAUGGCCUCAGGCAUGGAGCUGCCCAGGAAACGGAAAGGCAGCAUGGACAACCCGGAAACAAAAUCUGCUUCAAAUCUAGAGGAGGAUAUGGAGGACGAUCAGGGAAGAUCGGAAGGAGAUGACCAGCAAUUAAAAAUUAAAUGUGUCAGAGAACCUCACAGUCAGAUCGAGAAACGGCGGCGAGAUAAGAUGAAUAACUUGAUAGAUGAGUUGGCAGCGAUGAUUCCCACCUGUAACCCCAUGUCCCGCAAGCUUGACAAACUCACUGUGUUACGAAUGGCUGUCCAGCACCUCAAAUCACUCAAAGGAGCAACCAGCUCGUUUGCAGAAGCCAAUUACAAGCCUGCAUUCCUCCCAGACGAUGAGCUCAAACACCUUGUCUUAAGGGCUGCAGAUGGAUUUCUCUUUGUGGUUGGCUGUGACCGUGGGAAGAUAGUCUUUGUCUCAGAAUCUGUUUCGAAAACACUGAAUUACAGUCGGACGGAGUUAAUUGGACAGAGCCUGUUUGAUUAUGUUCAUCCUAAGGACAUUGGUAAAGUGAAGGAACAGCUGUCUGCCUCUGAACUCUACCCGCGGGAGCGCCUCAUAGACGCCAAAACGGGAUUGCAGGUGCAGGCUGAGCUCCCUGUCGGAGCAGCUCGGCUCUGCUCUGGAGCCCGGCGCUCAUUUUUCUGCCGAAUGAAGUACAACAAAGUUACUGUCAAAGAAGAGAGGGACUUCCAAGCUGGGGCUUCAAAAAAGAAAGAGUCACAGCGAUACUGCACUGUGCACUGCACGGGAUACAUGCGCACCUGGCCCACGCGCCAGCUGGGCACAGAGGGGGAGGCUGAGACGGAUAAAGAGAGCUCCCACUUCAGCUGCCUGGUAGCAGUGGGCCGCGUGCACCCCCACACCCUCCCACAGGCCAACGGAGAGAUCAAGGUCAAGCCUACUGAAUUUGUCACCCGCUACGCCAUGGAUGGCAAAUUCACCUUUGUGGAUCAACGAGCCACCACUAUUCUGGGUUAUUUACCCCAGGAGCUGCUAGGCACAUCCUGCUAUGAAUACUUCCAUCUGGACGACCUGCCUCAUUUGGCAGAUAGACACCGAAAAGUGCUGAGGAGUAAAGAGAAGAUUGAGACAAACUGCUAUAAGUUUAAAACGAAAUAUGGCUCUUUUGUCACCUUACAAAGUCAGUGGUUUAGUUUUAUAAAUCCCUGGACCAAAGAAAUAGAAUACAUAGUGUCGACCAACACCGUAAUAUCCGGUAAAAGUAAUCCAGGUGGAUCAGGGGAUAAAUCUGAGCAGCCUAGCAGUUCCAAGGCCUCGGAGGAUGAUGCCAAGAAGUCCCAACAAGUUCCAAUCAUCCCAGGGAUCUCCAGUGCAUCAGGCAUGAUUUACGCUGGGUGCAUAGGGACCCAAAUUGCUAAUGAGAUAAUGGACUAUAAUAGGAUGAACUCCUCACCAUCCAGCGGCAAUACAAGUCCAUUCAGUUUACUGCAAGACAAGUCUCCACUGGCCCUUGCUCAGGCCAGCAGCAAUGUGCCAAAUGGAGAAGCGACAGAUGUGGAGAUGCCUGGCAAAUCAAGCUCAGAGGAGGAAGCGAGGGGUGGGGCCUUCACCGCGGGAGAAAGUCUGAUGGAGGGGAGCUCUCAGUUGGAUCUGGAGGGGGUUCCUGGGUUAGGCGCUCUGAGCACUGACGAGGCAGCCAUGGCGGUCAUUAUGAGCUUACUGGAGACCGAUGCUAACCUGGGUGAGGCCGUGGACUUUGACGAGAUGCACUGGUCUCUGUGAACACAGCUCCAGUUUUUUUAAGACCCAUCUUAUCUGGAGCUUUUUAAAAUGAACCAUCCAUUGAUUUUCAUGUGGCAGCAAGCCUUCGAGAAUUCUUUGACUUGUUUUUAAUUUAUUAGUGUCUUUUUAAUGUGUAUGGACAAGCUGCAUGGCAGGUUAUCUGAUGGCUGCCCUUGGUGAAGGAGAACCAAACGGGACGGGGGUCUCUCUGAGUACCUUAUGCUGAGUACCUUAAGCAACAGGACCAGGUUUUAUGUGGUCUGGUGUGCAUUUCUUCACCUCAGCUCUGAGGUCACUUCUGCCCCUUGGCAUGGAUCAGAAUGGAGAGACGUUCUUGGCCUGUUUUGCCAUGUUUGCCAUGCCUCAGCCAAGCCAUAAGGCAAGAACCCAAAUGGUCCACUGUGAUCCAGUGGCGUAAGGAUUUCAAAACUGUUUCAUUAGUCAAUCAACACUUGAACUGAUGCUUUUGAAGCAAAGCUGGACUAAAUUGUUUUAUAAAAACGUCAUGGGAUUCCUUUGGCAAAGGAAGCCUGGUAGUUAUUUUACCCUUUUAGAGCAGAAAUUAUCUUGAAAUCAAUGUUUUUUUUUUGUUGUUUUUUUUUAUGAACGAGUGGAACAACGGGGAGGGGUAUUGGUUAGCGCUUGUGGUCAUUUGUCAAACAGAACUACUUGAAAAGACUGGAAAAAUCUGAAAAUUGAGGAUCACCGUUAGGCCUGACAUUUGUUUUUUCCUCUCUAGUCUACAAACGUGUGUGAAUGUCUACUUUUCCCUCAGACCUUCGUCUGUCCUGCCAGGGCUAUGCUUUUCUAAAAAGAGGCCCAUCACUAAAAUUUACAGGGACUCGGACAAUGUUCUUGGUUGUUGCCCCAUUAGUUAGAUGUGCUAGUUCUGCUGUUCUGAAAUCUGGUCUUGAUGGAGAUGGGGAAACAGGUAAAAUGGAGAUUGGAAUCUAAUAAGGGUAGGGUCUCUCAGGGAGCAGAUCAUCAAAACCCCUUGUCAAAAUCCUUAAGCGGAUCAGCAAAGAACUGCUUUUUAGACACUUGUGUGAAUGUGGUGUUUAAGACUUCUACAGGGCUUCAUUCAUUCAUUUGUUCUUCUUGUUUAGUUAUGUGCAAAGAGCUAUAACAUGCUCAACGUGAUCAAGAUUAAGAAGAUGAUUGUUGUUUAAACUCUAUAUUUCGGAAUUAUAUUCCUUAAUUUCAUUUAUGGGAAUAACCUAAUUUCUACUCCACUUCAAAAUACUAACAAAAUCAGCAGGGUAACAGUCGAUAUGUUUUUUCACAUUCCUCCUGCUUCAAGAAGAUAUUUAAUGUAAGUCCAGCCAUGAAGUCAUGAUAGUAACCCGCUUUUAAAGGUAUAAAAAAAUGGACAAAAUGUUUAUCGUUUACUCACCCUAAUGUCUUUACAAACCUGUAUGAUUUUCUUUCAUGGAACACAAAUGGAGAUAUUUAGAAGCAUGUUUACUCUGCUCUUUUCCAUGUAAUGAAAGUUAAUGGUGACCAUGACCAAGCUUCAAUAAGGACUAUAAAAAGCACCACAGAAGUAAUUCAUAAGAUUUGUUCGCUAUAUUCCAAGUCCAACUUAUCCCUUCAUAGAUCUCCAAUUUAAUUAAUGCAAUAUUGCAUUUUAUCCAAAGUCUAGAAUACACUUACAAGAUGUUUGCCCUGUCUGGAGGAGUCGAUGCUAGUUGCCAAAAGUCAGAGCCAGCAUGCCGCUUUUACGGAUUCACAGAAAAUCACGUUGAAUGCUGGGCACAGAUUCAGAUUUUCUAGCUUCAGACUAUGAUUCCAUUCAGUCGGAAGAUAUUAUGCAUGUUUUCAUUUGUCUCAUAUCUCCUAGCAACAAGGCACAUUUCUUAGUGCGUUUGUUGUGUUUGAAAUGACUAUGAAGUCUAUUAGUGUGUCAUCUACAGUUAAGUCUAUGAGUUCACAAGUGUAUGGAAAUCUGGUUUUAAAAGUCAGGUAGUGCAUUCUAGUCAUAAGGAAGAAAGAAAACCAUACAGGUUUUGAAAGCAAUGCUGGAAUUUCCAUUUUUGGCUGAACUAUUACUUUAACUGAAGACAAGAGACCUAAGAACAUUUUUUUUUUUUUACAAUGUUUUAGUAGUUUUAAAUGGAAAAAUCAAAGACAAUGUCUGCUGUUUUGAGCCUGUUUUCACAGAGGGCUACAAGCUCAGAAACAUGACACCUCUUUUUGGGCAGAUGAUCUUUGUGGGCUGUUAAAAUGAUGCUAUCAAAUGCCAUUUAUUAUUAUAUUCCCUAUUUUGUAUAUUACAUUUGAGGUCUUAUUGUGUGUGCAUGUCCUUAGGAUACUGAUUCGCUCUUCCUUUUCUAAAUUUCUCAAAUUCAAUUUGAUUCCCCUGGGUAAUCGUUCACCUCUAUGAAUUCACAUUUCACUUUGUAUCUGAUUUUGCACAUAUGCACAUAAUUUGUGAAAUUUGCUUCCCUUCGUACUGGUGACCUUUCAUUCAGACGAUCAGUGUAUUGAACUGCUUUACUGUGAUGGUGCACAUGUGCCACAGGAGUCUCAUGGCCUUGCAUGAUGGAAACGGCUGAUUCUGACCGAUUAUACCAAAGCAAUUUGACCGCAGACAUAUUUCAAGUACCCUUAACGCUCAGCUGCCCUGUGCUGUCAGAUGAUCUAUAAUUCUGUGAGCUGCUUUUUAAAAAAAAAAUGUCUUCAUAUCAUUGUGUAGUGUGUACUCUGUCACAUGCUGCCAGGAGCUUACUUGAAGGGAGGAAGCCACCCACCCAGUCCAACUGAAAUGAAAUACUGCUAGGUGGUGUGCACAUCUUUAGUGUGAAUAUAAGCCAUGACUUAUAUCUUGCCACAUCCCAUUGUCCAUCCAACGCUUGGCUUUGCAAACGUAACGCAUUACCCAGGAAUAUAAAUGGGGCAUUUCCUUAAACCUGACUGACAUUUCAUGGGAUCAGCUGUAAUUGUUUGUCACACACAGGUGGUUAGAUGUGUUAGCAAAUCACUAUUCUGGUAAGAUGACCAGUUAGGAAUUUUGCACGGGAAGAGCUGCUUUGUUUGGCCCCAAUGUACAAGCAAUGCUCUGUGCCAUAACUGCAGGCUUGUCCUAAAAGACAAAAUUGUGAUUUAUAUUGUGUUUCCCACUCCCCCACAGCUUCACUGUUUUUUUUAAACUAACAGUUCACCCAAAAAUGAAAAUGGAUCCUCUGCAGUGAAUGGAUGCCAUCAGCUGAUAAAUACAUCAUAAUAAUCCACAUGCGUGUUUGGAAGAAACAAAUUCAUCUUUAAGGUGUUUUAACCUAAAACUGUUGCUUCUGACCUAAAUACAAGUCCAUAAUCCAUUGUAACACUUCCUCUAUAGUUGAUCUCUCCCAUUAAAAUCCACAAGUAUAUUUGGUUUGGACUGUCCUCGCGUGUAAGAGGUGUGCAUAUUUCUCUCCUGAUUCAGAUGAGACAACUUUUUCCACUGGAGAGAACAGUAUUAUGAAUAGAGGACUUUGAGUUAUUACAAAUGCAUAGCUUUUUACUUCACAAAAGACAUUAAUUUGAUAGACUGGAGUUGUGAGACAUACUUGUGGGUUGUGAUGUUUUUAUCAGCUGUUUGGACUCUCAUUCUGACGGCACCCAUUCACUGCAGAGGAUCCAUUCACAAGCAAGUGACGUAAUGCAAAAUUUCUCCAAAUAUGUUCAGAUGAAGAAACAAACGUAUUUACAUCCUGGAUUGCCUGAUGGUGACUACAUUUUUCAUUUUUGUGUGAACUAUUCCUUUAAUAAGACUGUGUUCUGUUUGGAGUGUCGUUCUGCAGAUGCACUUGGCAGAAAUCUAAGUACUGUACAUAGGUUAGAACCGCCAACCUUUUCUUCUGUCGCUUUUGUCCUAAUUUCAGCUCUCUCACUAUGUGUAGCCUAAGAAUUACUUGAUUUUAUAUUGAUAGUUAUAUUCAUUCAUGCAUGCCUUUUGUCUAUCCUUUGCUUUUCUUUACUACCUUUUUGUUGUUCUGUUAGCUAUCUAAGGGUAUUGGAUAAAGGUUUUUGCCUUAUAAGACAGACAAAGACUUGCUCGUUGUUCUGUUUCCCUUUGUUUCUGUCUGUCUUGAGUGUGUGAUGAAAGUGGUUUGGAUAUGCUGAAGAUGUGAACAUCUCCGUUGGGUCAGCCUCCAGAUCUGCAUGCGUGCACCUCCUCAUCGCUCUCUCUGAGCCUCUGAUCAAGGCUGUUAUGGAACGAGGGGUCUUGUCCAGGCAGACCCCCUUUUCAUCUUUUGCUUUCUUCUCCUCCUCGGUUUGUUAUUAAGAAUUUGUAUGACACCAUCGCUGCUGCUGUCAACAGGUCUGGUUAGUAGCAGAGAAUCUGUCUCUCCAGGCUGACAUGUAAAAAGAUUCUUAAAUAAACAACAUUAGUUUCCUGUA